AUGAUAAAACCAUUUUCUAAAUAUAGGCUUAUAUCUAAUAAUAUAUUAUUUAAACCCAAUUUAGUUCUAAACAAUGAAAGAUUUAAAACCGAUAAUUAUUCCCCCUCAUUAAAAAAUUUAAAUUCAGAAUUAAAAGGUUAUUUUGAUAAAUUAAAAAAUAAUAAACCCAAACAACAACAACAAAAACAACAACAACCAGAACAAGAAAUAAAACCAAAUAUAGAUGAAGUUGCCGAUAAAAAAAUAAAAAAGUUUAGCAAAUUCACAUUUAAAAACGAUAAUAAUAAUGUUUAUAAUGACGACAAAAACAAUGACUAUGGUAAUAACAACGAUAGAAAUAGUAAUAAUAUAAAUAAAUUUUAUAAAAAUAAAAGUUUUGAUAAUAAUAAUAUAUAUAAUAAAAAAAAUGAUCAUAAAUUUAAUAACAAUUAUAAUAGCAAUAUGAACAAAUUUUACAACAAUAAAAACGAUACAUAUAAUAAUAAUAAUAAAUAUAAUAAUAACAACAAUAAUACAUAUAAUAAUAAUAACAAUAAUAAUAGAAAUAAUAAAUAUAGCAAAAAUAAUAACUUUGAUAGUUUCAAUAAUAAAAGAGAAAAGACAGAAGUUAAUUUACCAAAUGCAAAUAUUGAAUUAAAGUAUUUACAAAGUAUAAAUAAAAUAAAUAAGCAAUCAGAUUUUUGGGUAGAGUUUAAAAAAGAAUUAAAAGAAAGACCACAAGAACUUUUCAAAAAUAGAGAAAAUCAUUUAAAAUAUUUAAAAUACUUUUCAACUGUAACACCAGAGGUUCAAUUUUUAAACUAUGAAACAUGGUACAGAAUUAGAAGAAUCAACUUUUUAAAAAAUGGUGGUAAAGAGUUUUUAGAUUGUUACAAUGGCGAUUAUAUAGAGGCCAUCAUAUCAAAUUUCCCACAAUACAAUUGGAAGAGAUUUAGAUUCCCAACAUGUCCAAAAAGCUAUUGGUUAAAAGAUGAAAAUGUAAUCGAAUACAUUGAAUGGUUGGUUAAAACUACAAAAAAGGAUAUAAAUAAUAAGGAUGAUUGGCAUUAUAUUUCAAAGAAAGAUUUCAUUAGAAACCAUGGUCAAUAUUUAAUCAGUGAAUAUGAAACCGUCAAUAAUAUAUUCCUCAAAUACUAUCCAGAUCAUAGUUGGAAAUCAUGGUUAUUUGAAAAGUUCCCAAAGGAUUAUUUUGAAGAAAAUGAAAAUAUUAAAAAAUUCAUUAUUUGGUUGGGUCAAGAAAUUUUACAUUUUAAAACAUGGGAAGAUUAUUAUAAUUUAAAACUAUCGGAUUUCAAAAAGAAUAAUGGUUUCAGAAUUAUUAAAGAGUUUGACAAGUCAGUAUAUUUACUAGUAUCCGAAGUUUUAAAGGACGAAUAUAAAUGGGUACCAUGGAAAUUUAGAAUUAUACCAAAGAAAUAUGUAAACGAACAGAUUCUACUCAAAUAUUUCGAUCAUUUAUUAAAAGAAUUAGGAGUUGAAACAAGAGAACAAUUAAUCGAGUAUGAAAAGAAUGAUCCAACAUUGGUACAGAGAACAGAAGGUACUCAAAUUAUAAAUGAAUUUGGUGGUUCAAUCGAAGAGGCUUAUAAAAAACUAGAGGUCUAUAGACUCAGGGUCGAGGAGACCAUCGAUGAAGAUGAUGACGAAGACAGUUUUGAUGAUAACUACGAAUUUGACAAUUUAGAAGAUAUCUUUGAUGAUUCCGAUGAAGAUUCCACAGGACAAGAUCAAUCAGUUAAAGAAUCAAAAAAAUCAAAAAAAAGAAAAAUUAACCCACUAAAAUUAAAAUAA